AUGUUGAGGAGACAUAUAAGCCAGCGCAUGCAGUGCCUUUUCCCGCAGAAGUUCUCUCCAAGCGCGUUACAGCUUCACAUAGCCCAGUCAAGACCACUCAAUGCUCCACAUCGAAAUAUCUACACUCUUGUGAAACGGAGAACAUCAGUCGCCCAUUACGAACGGCUGGGACAGAAUCCGAAAAAGAAUUUGAAUCCUCGCAAUUUCUGGACCAUCAGUUCAGUUCCUGCUAUCUUAGUUCCACCCGUCAUUUUUAUCGGGCUCCUUCUCUCUCUUUGGACAUGGAAAUGCUUUUGGAUUAUCGCGAUGCAGAAUAAGUUAUUAUAUUUGAGUUGGUUACCACCAUUCUCAAGAUCAGAUACAAUUUCAGAAUACGAGCGUGCAUGCAAGCCCGUGGAAUGGAAGGAAAAGCAAAUCCGAAGCCUUGAUGGAACAAAGCUAGCGAUUUGCGAAGGAAAUAUCCCCAUUAAGAGCGACAAGAAUGAGCUCGAACUUAAACAACCAAAGAAGUUGGUUGCGAUUUGUUACUUCCAAGGAAAUGGUGGAUCAACACCACUCCGACUACCGCUGCUAUCUCAAGUGCUGAGAGCCAUCAAUACCAAGAGCCAGAAUUCCAAAGAGAUCGAAACGCGCGACGACACGAGGUAUAUAGUCUUAGCUUUAUCAUAUCGUGGCUACUGGAAGUCUUCUGGGACCGCGACACAAACGGGCAUUGAGAAGGAUGCUCAGGCAUUUCUUACUUGGGUGUCUAACACCUACUCGGAAGCAAACACAAAUUGCCAAAUCGUCUUAUGGGGACACAGUGUCGGUUCGGCCGUUGCAUCAUCUGCCCUAUCAACAUAUCUUGCCCAUUCCAACCCUAUCCCUGUAUCUGGGUUAAUCAUGGAAGCACCCAUAUCCAAUAUCAAGGAUAUGCUGAUUGGUUUAUAUCCACAGAAGUGGCUUCCGUACCGAUACCUUUGGCCGUUUUCGUGGAAUAAUUGGUGCACAUCUUCAUCGCUGGAACGGUUAGCCGCCUGGCGUGAUCAGGUUACUGAGCAGGGCCAGCAAAAUCUGCCCAAUCCAUCCAAUCCACGACUGACCCAACCAUCUCAAUCUAUUCCACCAAUAUUGAUUUUGUCUGCCGAAUCAGACGAGGUUAUUCCAGCUCAUGUCGCCGGCCAACUGGAAUGCAAAGGACGAGACCUUGGCCUUGAUAUUCAGAGAACGGUCGUACCCGGGGCAAUGCACAUAGAGGGACCCAUAAAACGUAUCGGAAAGGAUGCUUUGGUGAAGUUUAUUCUUGAACCGUCGGCCAAGAAACAGUGA